AUGGCACCAAAUACCGGAUCAACAUCUUCCAAACCAAAAACAACCUCACCAUGUCCUACCCCCACCCCUGGCCCUUCACGCCCACCUGUACCUCAAACACCUUUACUCAAACCUCAUACCACCUUCGCCACCCGUCCUCGUCCCACUGGUAAACCCACUCCUGUAGCAACGAGACGGGUGGCCAAUAUGACAGAAGGAGGAACUUCAAACCCAUCUCAACCGAAUUUAGUUAAUGGAGGAAGGAAAGAAAAAGGUAAACCCACACUUGAUUGGAUUCGUAAAUUAGGUACUAGACGAGCUACAUUGAGUGACAUACCACCUUCUUCUUCUUCUUCCCCUAUCCCACCUUUACCUUCUUCUCCUCCCGUCACAAAAUCAUCUCCUCGUACUUUACACCUUAAUCUCGCUCGAGCUGGAAGAUCCAAUGGACCUAAUGCCAAUAACAUUCCAUCUAAAACGACCAACACACGUGUAUCUUCUCCAAACAGAGCGAUUUUAAGAAGAGAAGAUACUCCUAUAGCUUCUAGUUUCACAAGGACAGAAUCACAUUCACUGAGAUCAUAUUCACUUUCUGCCGUAUCUCCAUCUGAACGUCAAGCCAACAAUCCUUAUCCAUCUUUACCGGUUUCGAUGCGACCUGUACCUUCAUCAGUAACUUGGUCUAGGACUUCUUCCGUUUCUUCCGAAGGAUCAUUUCAUCGACGAAGAAGGAUUUCUUUAGCUGAUGAUGGUUCGUCAUAUCGACAUAGUCGUUGGGCAGAUGAAGAUGCUUCGAUUAGACCUAUGCCACCUAAUAGUCACCCAGGUAGUCCUACCCCUUCGACAAGUUUUGCUUCUCCACCAGGAAGUAUAGCUGCCAGUGCUGGAUUAGUGGAACAUACUCAUGGCAAUCAUGUUUAUCAUCGAGGUGGAGUAGAGAUGCACAGACCUAGAACACAUCAAUCUAUCUCUAGUAUUGGGGCGGAAUUGAGUAUGGCAUCUGGAUCAAGUGAAACGGAUGGAUAUGGAAGACAUAGUAGACCAGAUUCUACAAGUACAAAACCUACGACUAUAGUCAGUUUUGAUUCGACACAUAUCGGUCAUAUCGCUCAAGUAUCACCACUCACACCACCCCAUCAUCAUCAUCAUCAGACACACCCUCUUACUCCAAAUCAUGAUACCAACAGACAAGUAGAUCCGGAUACACCAUCAGCGAAUUCUACACCUCCAGCUUCAACAUUAGCUUCACCGGUUUCAGCUGGAAGUCCAAAUGUCGGUAUUUCUCAUAAUAUACCAACGGUGAUUUCAUCACAAGCACCAAAACGUUCCAUGCCUCAUCCUAGGGACAAUCCUCAUCCUUUAUCUCCACCAGAAGCAAAUGCUUCUACUUUGACUCUUGCUUCCUCUACAUUCGGUUUGGUACCUUCACCAAUGCACGCUUAUCAAUUGGGACAUUCGAGUACUUCUCCACCUCCUUCAUUUCACAAUAUGCCCAUGGGUAAUUUACUUUCCGGUCCGUCGACCCUUCAACAAUCUAUGGCAAUGGUAUCACCUGACAUUCCUCUUGCGCAUCUUGAAACCCAACAAGUCCCUCCUACGGGCUCAGCGUCUCCUAACCACCUUGGUCACAACGGAUCUUCUUUCUUAACAGAACCUCAUACAUCGAGUCCUGUCGAUGACGCUCAGCAACCUGAUGCUGCUGUCGCUGCUGGUCCUGGUGUCAAUCUUAACGAUUCUACCUCUGGUCCUGGUACUGCCGGUCCAGCAGUUGGACAUGGUAAUCCUGUCAAUGUGGGCGUUAUCAAACCCCCUGUUCGUCCCACUUCUCUGGUCACAUCACCCAGUAUCACCUGGGCUCGAGAACCUGAUCGUCCAGAUCCUUAUGCGCCCAGUAUCGCCCUCAGCGUCCAAGUCCCCUCCGUGCGUACAGGUGCGAGUGUUUGGGGUGGAGGAGGUAGAGUAGCGGAUAGGGAUGCGAGUGUAAGGGCUAUACGGAGGAAAGGGAGUUGGGAAAGUUAUGAGAGUGGAUGGUCUUGGAGACCUUCGUCUGUGGCGGUGGCAGGUGGUGGGGGAGGUGGAGUUCUAGGUGGAGGUCAGGGUGGAGUUGGGGGAGGGAACAUAGCAGUGGGGGUUGGUGGGAAUGGUGAGAACGGAGAAAUAGGAUUUGGUGGGAGUGGGAGUGGGAAUGGGAAUGGGAAUAGGGAUAUGGAUGAGAAAGGGGGUGUGGAAAAGGAUCAUCUGGGAGUGUUAGGGAAAAAUCCGAACAUCCCUAUAAUACAAACUUCUCAAGGAGUAGUGAUUGGUCAAGGGGUUGAAAAUGAGAAUAUGGAUGUUGUGCAAGGUUUGGUUGGUGGUGGAAUUAACAGGCACCUUCUGGUUAUAGACCAAGCAACGAAUAAACAGGGAGAAUCAAAUGAAAAUCAAGGAAGAGAAAUAGAAACUCCCGCUUUAACAAUGAUCACCGCUUCUGAAAGUUUAAGGACAAGAGAAAGUUAUACAACAGCUGAAUUGAUACCUUCCACUCCGACAGAUUCCAACUCUUUAUUAUCACCUAUAUCACCUAUCACAGUUAUUCCUGAUCGUUCUUUCACACCUACUUCCCCUAUCGAUCAUACCUUGAUACCUAAUCACUUAUCCUCUCCUAAUCAUUUAUCUUCACCUAUCGUUCAAAACACAUCGACCGUCCCUAGAACACCUCCUGUAUCUCCUCAAUCCGUUUCACCAUUAUCUAACAGAUCUCCCCGAUCGCAUGGAUCUAAUAAACCUGGAGGAGAAGUGAGAUUAGAAGAAGGUUUAGUAGUUUGA